UACAGAAUGGAAUUCUGGAAUCUAGCAAUCAGAAUUAUAUUCUUAUCACAAACUACAACUGGAAUUUUGGGAAAUUUCUUUCUUAUGUUCUACUAUCUAGUUCUUUACUACAGAGAAUGCACAUUAAAGACGAUGGAUUUGAUUCUCGUGAACCUUAUGGUGGCCAAUGCAUUAGUCAUUCUCUCCUCAGGAGUGCCCCAAACAAUGGCAGUUUGGGGACUGAAGCAGUUCUUGGAUGAUUUUGCAUGCAGGCUCCUAGUGUACAUUCAAGGAGUUGCUCGGAGUGUAUCCAUUGGAACCACAUGUCUCUUGAGUGUCUUUCAGGCCAUAACCAUCAAUCCAAGAAAAUCUUUUUGGAAGGAUCAUAAAGUCAAAGCUGAGAAAUACAUUGCUUGCUACAUAUUCACUGUCUGGGUCUUGUACCUGCUGAUAAAUUUUAUUUUCUUUGUAAACCCAUUUACCAAAAGGAAUAGGAAAAAUUUGACAAGAAAACGAGUUUUUGAAUACUGCUCCACUGUAGGGCAUGAUGAAAUUAAUGACUCACUUUAUGCAGCAUUGGUGGUGUGUCCUGAGUUUUUCUUUUCUGUGCUAAUUGCCUGGGCCAGUGGCUCCAUGAUUGUCAUUCUGUACAGACACAAGCAGCGGGUUCAACACAUCCACAGUACUCGCUUAUCCAGAAAAACUUCUCCUGAGUCCAGAGCCACCCAGAACAUCCUGGCCUUGGUGUCCACCUUUCUGGCUUUUUAUACUCUCUCCUCCAUCUUAAGAGGCUGCAUUGCUCUUCUGCAUAACCACAGUUGGUGGCUGGCGAACAUCAGUCCUUUCAUUUCUCUGUGUUUUCCUUCUUUUGGAUCUUUUGUUCUUCUGAAUCAUAACUCUGUUAUGCCUAGACUCAGUUUUGUCUGGAGAAGGAAUAAAACCUCUUAA